AAAACCCUAGUUUGCAUCUACCAUGGAUAUCGUGAAGAAAUCAGUCUCUGAGCUCGCAAAUUCCAAAACUUGCUUCGAUUUUCUUUUUAAGAAAACAAAUCCUAUCUGUGUUUUUGAGAAAUGGAGGACGAUUUUGAGUUCCCAACUGCAAACAACAAGAUGGAGGAUGAUGAUGUGAUGGAUGUUCCAGAAGAGGAGGAUCCAGUUGCUCCAGUUGUUAAGGUUGGUGAGGAGAAAGAGAUUGGAAAGAAUGGGCUUAAGAAGAAGCUAAUUAAAGAGGGUGAAGGAUGGGAGACUCCUGGUAUCGGUGAUGAAGUUGAAGUGCAUUAUACUGGGACUUUGCUUGAUGGGACACAGUUCGAUUCAAGUCGUGAUAGGGGAACGCCCUUCAAAUUCAAGCUUGGCCAAGGACAAGUAAUUAAGGGAUGGGAUGAAGGCAUCAAGACUAUGAAGAAGGGUGAGAAUGCCAUUUUCACUAUACCUCCAGAAUUAGCAUAUGGUGAAUCUGGAUCUCCUCCAACAAUUCCUGCUAAUGCAACUCUUCAAUUCAAUGUGGAGUUGCUGUCUUGGACAAGUGUCAAGGACAUCUGUAAAGAUGGAGGGAUUUUCAAGAAAAUACUUGUUGAAGGCGAGAAAUGGGAUAAUCCCAAAGACCUUGAUGAAGUGCUUGUCAAGUACGAAGCUCGGCUGGAACAUGGAACUGUAAUCUCAAAGUCUGAUGGAGUUGAGUUCACUGUUGGAGAUGGCUAUUUCUGUCCCGCCUUGGCAAAAGCUGUUAAAACGAUGAAAAAGGGAGAGAAAGUGCUAUUGACAGUGAAGCCACAAUAUGGAUUUGGAGAGAAUGGCAGGCCAGCACUUGGUAGUGAAGGUGCUGUUCCUCCAAACGCUACACUUGAGAUUAUGCUCGAGUUAGUUUCAUGGAAGACUGUAACUGAUGUUACGAAGGACAAAAAGGUUCUGAAAAAGAUCUUGAAGGAAGGAGAGGGAUAUGAACGGCCAAAUGAUGGAACUAUUGUUCAAGUGAAACUAAUUGGGAAGCUGCAUGAUGGAACCAUUUUUGUGAAGAAGGGCCAUGAUGAGGAGCCACCAUUAGAAUUCAAGAUAGAUGAAGAACAAGUUAUUGAUGGACUUGAUAAAGCUGUGAAGAGCAUGAAGAAAGGGGAAGUUGCACUGGUGAUAAUUCAGCCAGAAUAUGCAUUCGGUCAAUUCGAAUCACGUCAAGAAUUGGCUUCAAUUCCUGCCAACUCAACUUUAUACUAUGAAGUUGAAAUGAUAUCUUUCACCAAGGAAAAGGAAUCAUGGGAAAUGAAUACACAAGAAAAGAUUGAAGCAGCAGGGAAAAAGAAGGAAGAAGGAAAUGCACUAUUCAAGGCUGGCAAGUACGAAAGAGCCUCGAGGAGAUAUGAAAAGGCUGUCAGCUUUAUUGAGUACGACUCCUCUUUCAGUGAUGAAGAGAAGAAGCAAACUAAGGCACUCAAAAUUACGUGCAAGCUCAAUAAUGCAGCAUGCAAACUUAAGCUUAAAGACUACAAGGAGGCGGUGAAGCUAUGCACCAAGGUGUUGGAACUGGAUAUCAGAAAUGUGAAAGCUUUGUAUAGAAGAGCACAAGCAUAUAUACAACUUGUUGACUUAGACUUAGCAGAGAUGGACAUCAAGAAGGCGCUCGAGAUUGAUCCUGACAAUCGGGAUGUGAAGCUGGAGUACAAAAUUUUGAAGGAAAAAGUAAGGGAGUACAACAAGAAGGAUGCACAAUUUUAUAGCAACAUAUUUUCAAAGAUAAGUAAAUUGGAGCAAACAAAAUCAGCUAACGGGACUGGCAAGCAGGAUCCAAUGCCAAUGGCAGUAGACAGCAAGGCUUGAGGCAAGGUUAGCUUCUGCUUAUUCACUUCCUCUCCGUCUUACGAACUCAGUAGAAGAGAAUCAUGUAUUGAAUAUGUAAUGGGUUGUGUUCUGAAGUCCUGUAUAUUGCUUCCUGAAGGGAAGGCAUGUAAUAAGAUAACCAUUUUGUAAAAUCUCGAGUCUGUUAGUAUGUAUGCUUUGUUUGUUUCUGCUUUUCUCCUCAGUAUCCUUCAUAGGUCUCUUGUUUGCAUUAUAAAAAACAACAAAUGAAUAAGAAAUCUUACAACAAAUUAAAGUAGGA